AACUGAGGUCCUCUUCCCUGUGGGUUUGAGCUCCACUGUCUCAGGGGACACCCUGAGGAAAACAAGUAUUUGCAGAGAGCAGACCAAUGUUGCAAGGCCAUCAGAAAGAGCACUUUCAGAAUUCCUCCCUUGUCACAAUGGAUCCUUACCCAUUUUUGCAGCAGGAGCUGGAUUUACAAGGCAGUCUCCUUCUAGAUACCUGCUCUCCUUUACUCACAGCUGCCUUCCUUCCACCACUGACCCAGAGCAAUCCAAACCCCAUGGUCAGCAUUGGGAAGAGCCUGACCUGACAUGAAUUUGUCUCCAUUUGGUUUGUCAUAUGAGAAAGCCCAGAUGAAGGCAGGCAGCUCUCAGAAGGGUGCCAGUGGUCCAUUGACCACAGGUUCACAUCUCUCGAGUUUUCAGAUGUCAUCCUGGCAACAAUUUUGGCUACCAAGUCAGAUAUGUGUGGCAAAAAGUUUGAACUGAAGAUUGAUAACGUUCGCUUCGUUGGCCAUCCCACGUUGCUUCAGCAUGCCCUGGGGCAGGUAUCCAAAACUGAUCCCUCACCAAAGAGAGAGAUGCCCACUAUGAUUCUCUUCAACGUGGUGUUUGCACUAAGGGCCAAUGCAGAUCCAUCCGUGAUAAACUGCUUACACAACCUCUCGAGGAGAAUCGCCAUCGUCCUGCAGCACGAGGAGCGCCGCUGCCAGUACCUCACCAGGGAGGCCAAGCUCAUCUUAGCUAUUCAGGAUGAAGUGUCUGCCAUGUCAGAAACCACAGAAGGGCCACAGUCACCUUUUCAUCACAUCCUUCCGAAGUGCAAACUGGCCAGAGAUCUCAAAGAGACGUAUGACAGUCUCUGCACAACAGGAGUGGUCCGUUUACAUAUCAACAACUGGCUGGAAGUGAGUUUCUGCCUGCCUCAUAAAAUCCAUUAUGUUGCCACAAACUUUAUACCCCCUGAAGCAAUUGAGAGAAGUUUAAAAUCUAUCAGGCCUUACCAUGCCUUAUUACUUUUAAAUGAUGAGAAGUCACUGCUUAAUGAGCUCCCGUUGGACUGCUCUCCUGCCCUGGUGAGAGUAAUUAAAACUACCUCUGCUGUGAAGAAUUUGCAGCAACUGGCUCAAGAUGCUGACUUGGCAUUGCUGCAGGUUUUCCAGCUUGCUGCACAUCUCGUUUACUGGGGGAAAGCAAUUAUUAUUUAUCCACUCUGUGAAAAUAAUGUCUACAUGCUUUCUCCAAAUGCCAGUGUUUGUCUUUACUCUCCGUUGGCAGAUGCCUUUUCCUGCCAGUUCCGGGGCCACAACCUGCCGUCCAUGCUCUCCAAAUUCUCCCUCCCAGUUUCACUCUCUGAGUUCAAGAACCCACUGGCACCACCCGUUCAGGAGACUCAGCUCAUUCAAAUGGUGAUAUGGAUGCUCCAACACCGCCUCCUUAUCCAGCUUCACACAUACGUCUGUCUGAUGGUGCCGCCCAACGAGGAGGAUUUCCGAGCCCAAGACGAAGACAUGCCCUUUACUGCCAGAGUUGGAGGCCGGAGUUUAAGCACCCCCAAUGCUCUCAGCUUUGGUUCUCCAACUAGUAGUGAUGACAUGACUCUGACAAGCCCUAGCAUGGAUAAUUCCAGUGCUGAGUUGAUACCUGGUGGGGAUUCACCCCUAAAUAAAAGGAUGACAGAGAAUCUCCUAGCAAGCUUGUUGGAACACGAGCGGGAAGCAAUCCUCAACGUCCCUGCUGCCCAGAACCCCGAAGACCUGCGCAUGUUUGCAAGGCUGCUGCACUACUUCCGAGGCCGGCACCACUUGGAGGAGAUCAUGUACAAUGAGAACAUGCGCCGCUCGCAGCUCCUCAUGCUGUUCGACAAGUUCCGCAGCGUGCUGGUGGUCACCAGCCACGAGGACCCCGUCAUCUCCGUGUUCCAGUCUCUCUUGAAGUGAUGCUGCUGCCAAAGGAAAGGAACCUGCCAAUCUCUCCCUAAAAAGACACCUGAAAACUAGAGGUGGGGAUUUCAGUUGCUGCUUUCAGUUGCUUCUCCUUCCCUGGGCCAAGGAGAUGUGUGCUGCACUGGUACCGGUGGGACCUCACCUUGGGAUGCUGGUGCAGCAGAAGUGCUUUCUGUGCUCUCUUCUGCAUCACAGGGCUGUGAGCACCUGUCCUGGCAGCCCUGGCCUAGAGGGAAUGAUCCCUGGGCACCAAGGAAUUCUGUUUGAUCACUGUUAUCUGGCUGCAGUGAGGACACAGGUAGGAAGGGAAAGUAUCACGAGUAAACAGUCAUGAAUGAGAACAACUCGCUGUCACAGCUUAUCCUUGCCAGUCCCCAGUGUCCUCAUCACAAGGUCUCUGUGGGAGCACAGCUCUCACCAAGCAGCCUAAAUGGCUCUGGGGGUUUCUGGGAUUCCAGUUUUUGACUGGGAGUGUGGAGCUCAGUUGUUGAGCAGCACUGAAAUCACCUGGCCUAUGAGUUCACACAGCUGGAGCUGGGGGCACCCAGCCUUGUCCCCCUCCCAUGACAUGGCUGUGGCUGCAGGGAAUCAGACCAGAGAUGGCCUGGGCUAAAGCCAUCCAGCUGAGAAACAUCACACAGGUCUGUGUGGAGGCUCCUUCUCUGGAGGUCUUCAAAACCCACCUGGAUGUGUUCCUGUGUGUUCUGGUCUAGGUGGACCUGCUUUAGCAAGGGGUUUGGAGUAGAUUAUCUCUAAAGGUCCUGUCCCACCCCUACCAUUCUAUGUUUGUAUGGAGGUGGCUGUUUCCUGAUGUGGUUCAGGAUUGCUCCUCCAGCUGAGCUGGAGCUAGAACAAGAGGAGACAGCCCUGUCUGUGGGGCCAGCAGGAACUUCUGCCAGCCCAACUAGCUGCACCCUGCACUAUGGCCCAGCUUUCCCUCCACAGUGGCAGCUUCCAUGAGUGGGUGUUGUUAAAAGAUCAUCAGGCUCCUCCUUAAGACCUUCCCUUACACCACACACAAACAAGCUGGAGUUUUUCCCAGAGUUGCAGCCUCUCCCAGAGGAGCUUCACUUGCCCACACAAACUGGGUGAAACUGGGAGCUUUGUGUAAGUCACCUCCUCCCAGCAAGGCCCAGAGGCACUGGGGAGCACUUACCCUCCUCUAUGGCUGCAAGUGGGGAUGGCAAAGGAGACCAAAAGCAAUAUCCAACCUAAUAAUCAGAUCAAUGUUCCUCCCAGCAACUGCAUCUGGAGGUGAGCUAUUGAGAUCAGCUUAACAAGGGCUGUUCAGAAGGGGCCAAACAAGAUUGCUUUUCGUGUGAUGAGGACAAGGGUUUUGCAAACGUUGAGCUAUUCUUCUGUACAUGAAUCCUGAAGUGAGGGUGGGGUGGGAGUGUGUGUCCUGUCACCCUUCAAGCUGGCAGUUGCUGCAUUCUUGUUCUCCAAGCUGGACCCUCUGGACUGGUAGAGGUUGGAAUGGGUUGCUGGAGGCCUUCUGUCCAACCACUGCUUACAGAAAAUGAGGAGGAGCUCCCUCAGGAGCUUGUCCAGUGGAGGUCUGAAUGUCCCCCAGUUUCUGGGCCCCUGUUCCAGUGUUUGCCCACCCUCCUGCUGAACAUUUUUUCCACACAGCUGAUGAGAGUUUCCUGUUUUCCAGCUUGUGCCCAUCACCUCUCAUCCUGCCUGACAAAAGCCUGGCCUCUCUUCUCCACACCCUCCCACUAGGUAGACAACAGUAAGUUCCCUCCUUUCCCUCCUCUCCUGCCAGCUCUCAUCCUUCCAGGCAGCCUCUCACCCACCUUACGAAACCUGGAUCCACUGGGAAGGGAGACAGUGGCCUUCAAUGUCCAAACCCAACCUCUGUCCUGGUGGGGAGACCCCUGCAACUCUGCCCCACCACUGAAAGUUCACUUUGGGCCAGUCCUUGGGAGAAAGCACAUUUAUUGUUAAAAACCACCGAGGCACUGUGUGUGCCCGAGCUGCUGCCAGCACAGAGCCCAGCUCCAGUCCUGGGCUGUGGCACACCUGGAACACUUGUCAGCUGCCAGAAGAAUGUCCCAUUGCUGCCAUCUCUUUCUCUGUCUUCUUAUCUACAACACUUACAGAUUUGUUUCCUCGUAAAUAAAACCUGAGAGGUUUCAGUGCCCACUC